GACACAAUCCAUUCACAACUUUCCAUCCGUCCCUCCAUCCGACCACUUAACAAUGUCAGACUUCAACGCCGAGGACUCGCUCGCGGCCGCGUUCAACAGCUCGUUCGCGAUGCCGGCUGCGCCCCCGCGCGCUGCCGCGCCCGCCGCUCCCGAGCCGGAGGCCGAGCCCGCCGCCGCUGAGGCUGCUGGCGCCGAGCUCGAGGUCGAGGACUGGAAGCCAAGCUACGAGGCCAACCUCGCCGUGUGGGAGGCCGAGGCGGCCGAGGCGCGCACCAAGGCCGAGGCGACGCGCGCAAAGUACGAGGACGAGGCCGCUGCCGCCGCCAAGGCCACGGCCGACGAGGGCAAGAAGGCCGCCGCGGCUGCCAAGGAGGCGACGGCGCGCGCCGAGCGCGAGACGCGCCUCGCAUCCGCGCUUGCCGAGGAGCCGCCCCGCCCGCACCACAAGAAGGCGGCCGACACGGCGUCCAAGGUCCGCGAGGCGUGGGAGCUCGUCAAGGACAGCCCUACGCCGACUGCGUCGGCGCCCGCCUCGCAGACGUGGGAGGAGAUCUCGGCGCCCCACUCGUCGGUGGAGGACAUCUCGGCGUCCAGCCCGGACCGCAACGUCUCGGACGAGAAGCACUCGACGGCGACAGGUCUGCCCGUGCAGACGAGCCACGCUGUCGGCGCCGGCGCGGCAGACAACGGCGGCCCAACGCAGCCCCCGUCGCUCACGCUCUCAAUCUUCACGAACCACGGCGCGCUGACCGCCCGGAGGGUCCUCGCGGCGCUCGGCAUCAACCUUGUGCUUCCCUUCAUCAACGGCAUCAUGCUUGGCCUCGGCGAGAUCACCGCCCGCGAGGCGGUGCGCGUCGGCAGGCUGUGGUGGCGCGGCGAGCGCGCCAUCGCUGGCAUCUGGCACCGCAAGCCCUCGAGCGGGGCGGGCAGCGUCUCGGGCGUCGGACUGAGCGGUAGCGGUGGCUUCUAGGGCGUAGGGGUAUAGUUGUGGGAUAGACUGCAUGCACGAUUGUCACGUUGGG